GGUUUAACGUUUAAGAUUUAGAGUUUAGAUUUUAUGAUUGAGAUUUAUGAUUUAAUGUUUCAGAUUUACGAUUUAUGGUUUUAGAGUUUAGGUUUUUAGAUGGUGUUAAUUAAUGUCGGUGUUGUUUUUUCAGCUUAUUUUUUAUUUUAAUUGUUUUUUUAACUAUUUCUACGUGAUAUUUUGAUUGGUUACGAAGAGUGCGGUGAAUUUAACCUUUCACUGCGUGGGUGAAGCUAAGGAUUGUUCUUCCAUGUAACAAAAAAAGUUCUGUGGAUCAUUAAAUUUUAGGUUUGUACCGAUCAACUGUAUGAAAUUGCAAUCGUGCGUCUCUCAAGUCUCACCGGAGCAGAGAUGGGCCCAUGUGCACUUAUUAACCGUGUCUGGACAUAUGUAUGGUAACAAAAAAUAAUCAUAACAUAAAUAGAGGCUUGUAUUCUCCCUAAACAGGCAAACAAACUCAAACCUGCUUUGUCUUGAGAUGGAGAAUACGAAUUACAUUAAUGAUCAAGUGUUCAUAAGUUUCCGGGGAAAAGAUGAGCGGUGCGGAUUCUUAACCUAUCUAAAACAGAGGUUACUAGAAAGCAAUGUGAAUGUGUUCAUCGACGAGAACGCGGCUGGAGAACCGCUCGAGAAUCUCUUUGGACACAUCCGAAAGUCAAGGAUCGCGAUUGUGAUCGUCUCCAAGAACUACGCGGAGUCGAGUUGGUGUUUGGACGAGCUGGUGGAGAUCAAGAAAUGCAUGGAGACGGAGAAGCUCAAUGCUGUCAUACCCAUCUUUCGUAAGGUGAAGGUUUCAAGCGUUAGGAAACAGAGCGGAAAGUUUGGGGAAAGGUUUCUUGCUUUGCAAAACUCUUUGCUUGCUAAAGAAGUCGAUAAGAAGAAGAUUAAGCAUAUUAAUUCCAGGAUCAAGAGAUGGAAGAAAGCUUUGGAGUUCGUCACUGGAAUGAUUGGACUGACUUACGACAAAAAAUUUUCCAGGUCGGAGUUUGAGUUUGUGGGGAAAGUUGUCGAAAAGGUUCAUAAAACGUUAGGCAAAACUGCAGCAAAGGCAGGUCGUAAUAGUACUCCUGAAACUAGUAAGAAAUCACAGGAAAAACUAUCAUAUCUGUUUGUUUUCAAUAUCAAUCACUCAAACGUGAACGGACUAAUCCAUUCUUCAAGGACACUGGAAGCUCUGACCCUGAACCUGGACAGAUUGAAUCCUGAACGCUCAACAGGGUCUCUCUCUCUUAGUCUGUUUCUCUCAGUUUUUGUUUUGUUUUAUCAUCAGCUUCUGAUUACUAGGCUAAUGCUACAACCCGCAGAGUGUUGAUUUGAACCCUUCCUCUGGACAUUACAGACGCACUGCCUCAUACCGUGACGAGAGAGAUAGAUUUGACCAUUUGCCUUUUGAAGAGAUCAUGGAUCAAAAGCGGGCGGAUAAUCAACGGAGCAUUGACAAUAUCGUCGAGCGAAAAUAUAGGCAUGGUACGACUUUCCUCUCGCCCCUGCGUUACUAUUUCGAGCUUUGUUUGUGUCUUCCAAGCGAAGCAAGAGAUUACCUAAUGGAAUCCUUGAACUGAAGAAACUUCCGAUUCAAGCAACUGUGCUUCUUUCUUUUACUUCUGUGCGUCUUUAAGGGAAAUCUUUUGUUUUCUAAGCUUUCCGUCUUUGU